AUGAGUUCCAACAAAAGCUGCAAGACGAGAUCUUCCAGCAAAAGAGGAGGCAGUUCCUCAAUGGAACUUCUACUGGGCCAACUGCAUUGGCCAUGCUUUGCCAGCGGCAGGAGCGUCGAGGUCUUUGAGCUUCUCAUGGAGGUGCAGGCCGACCCAUUUCAACCAGAUGCCGAGGGCCGAACGCCCUUCUUGGAGUGCGCCCGUGUGGGGAAUUGCAGCUUCAUGGCGCUCUUGCUGAAAGGAAGUCGAGGUACGGUUCUUCUCGACAUGGAUCGAGAGUGCAAAACCGCUUUGCACUACGCUGCGGAGGCCGGCAAGAAGGAGGCGAUCCAGCUGCUUCUAAAGGCCGGGGCCACGGUGGAAGCGCUGGACUUGCAAGGCCGCUCGGCCGCCUCGUAUGCCAACGAGGCUGGACAUGACGAGGUGGUGGCCAUGAUUGCAGAGGCCAUGAGCGACGAGCUGUUGGAGGAGAUGUUUAUGGACGAGGCUGAUGGGGCUGCACCCAGCAAUCCCGGGACCACAAUGCCUGGGCAUGCUGCCCCCAAUGCGCCCAACAGUGAUGAGGAGCUGCCUGGCUUGUCCGAUGACCCUGGCCUCGAGAUUCCCGAAGAGGAGCAUUUGCAAGGACGAUUGCAUCAGGGCGCGAGCCGGCAUUUGAGCCCAGAGGCGUCUUAUGGACCUGGACAUCGAUUACAAAGCUUAUAA